AUGGCAAACGGUGAAAAAAGAUUAAUGCAAGAGGAUAGAAUGGAAAAAAGAAAAGUUUUCAAAAGACGUCAGACAGUUGAAGCACCGUCACAAUUACAAACGCCUCUUUCAACUCCACCAUCUUCACGAUCUCCCUCACCUAUUCCGCCAGAAACUCCCUUCCUUAUCCCUUUACCUGUCUCACGUCCAUCCUCACCGAUUACCACAACCACCACAAUUACAUUCAGAGAUCCACCGAUAACAUCAUCUAACAAUGAUAAUAACAAUUUUAUAGUUUUAUCUGUUUUCGAUCAUGAUGAACAACCACAACGGCCGUCUUCAUCAUCUUCACAACAUCAAUUAUUAUCUACAUCAACGACAACAACUGAUUUUGAUAAAUCCUCAUCACUACCAACGGCAGCAGUAACAACAACUACAACAACAACAUCAUCAUCAUCAUUGUCGUCAAUACAAAAUUCAAAUUCAGCACAUUCUACUACAUCGCCAAAUAAUUCAACGCUAUCGUCACACUUGCUCCGAUUACUUCCCAUAAUUCACAACGGGAAUCUACAAAGCCUGAAUCUCAGUUUCGUUAAAGGGAUCACAAAUAGUUAUUUAACCAAGCUAUUAUCACCUUUCUUUGCAAAUAUACGCACGAUAAAUCUGGCAGGUGGAUCGAGAUCCGACGCAUGUUUAUCCGCGGUAAUACCACAUUGUCAUCAAGUGCAAAAUCUUUCGUUUGCAUGGAACACCUCACUAUCGGACACGUCAAUCACAAAAAUUGCCACUUUAUGUGGGUCACGAUUACGCACGCUGGAUCUGACAAAUUGUGAGAAAGUCAGUGAUCGAUCAAUGUCAUCGAUUGCAAAACAUUGUAGCAAACUAAGGGAACUACGAGUUAGCUAUUGUCGUGGGGUUAGCGAGGUGGGAGUGAGGGAAGUGGUGGAUGCGUGUGAUGGAUUAACAUUGGUGGAUUUGGUCGGGUGUUUGGGUGUGGAUCGUGGCUUUUUGAUAAAGUGUAAUGAAGAAUUUUCAUUGCAAAGACGUGGAUUGAAAAUAGUGUGGCGAAGAGAUUCUGAGGGUGGUGGAACUGCUACUUGGGCGGAUAAUUGA